AUGGAAACGCGGCUGGCGGAGGAGGCGUUCCGCGAGGACCAAGGUGGGAGAGCGGGGAAGGAGCGAGCGCGGAGAGGAGCCUAUUAUCUGCGCUCCAGGCAGUCGCUGAGCCAGGGAGCGGUGGAGAUGCAGACACGGCAGAGAACCGGGGCCAAGCAGCCGGGGCCGGAGACCAGGCGGCGGGACGCUGAGGCUUCGGAAAACGAAGUGUCCACAUACAGAACCAGAAGACAAAGGGACAACACAAAUUACAACAGCCAGACACACUUGACAGAAGGGAGUAAAAGUGCAUUUGGCAUAGUAGAUAUAUCGCCUUUGGUUCGACCGAGUAUAAGAAAGAGUCGACAGACAGAAAACACGGUCUCCAGUGCAAGUAGAGAUUUCAAAAGGAAUGAGUCAGAUGAUGGGGAGGAAGAGGAGGAAGACGAAGAGGAUGCUGAUGGCUACAGUGAUGACAAUGAAUCUGAAAAUGAUGGAGAAAAUUAUAAGAAGACUAAUGUGUAUCAACCACCAAGAGAUAAUGGAAGUGAUGUUUUGCAGUCGUCCCUUCUUCUGUCAAAGGAUCCCCCAACAGUUGUACAAAAACAACCAGUGUUUAACCAGAAGACGACAUUCAGGAAAUCAAAUGAAGCUGAAUCUCAAGUUCAACCCAAUACACUGAAGAAGCAUUCACAGCCUGCAGCCAAAAAGCCUGUUGGACAGUCCAGUGCAGGAUGGUUUAGGAUGUGCAUUUUGGUAUUAGCAGUAGCUUCCGUUACUGUUGUAUGGCAUGUCUGGAAGAAUCAAUCCUCUAAGACUUUGCCGAGGGAAGAAAUCAAAGUUGUGCAAGCAUUUGAGACCCAGAUGAAGAAACUUAGGAAUGUCUAUCCAAAUCAGGAUCCAAGACUGUGGGAGAGAAUCCAAAUGUUCCUUGUGAAACGACUCAAUACCACCCAUCCCCACUCGCAGCCUGCCAUCUUACUGCUCACAGCUGCUCAAGAAGCUGAAAAGUCUCUAAAGUGCUUAAGUAACCAGAUUGCUGAAGCUUAUUCCUCCUCCCUGAGUGCUGCCACAAUCAAGAUUGAUGGGGCUGGAAAAGCCACGCUGGAUAGCGACGUCGUCAAGCUGGAGGUAGAUAAUAAGCUAAGCUCUGGGUUCAAGGAAGGUAAAAAAGCAGCUGUGGUGCAUCGAUUUGAGUCUCUGCCUGCAGGCUCCACUUUGAUCUUCUACAAGUACUGUGACCAUGAAAAUGCAGCAUUUAAGGAUGUAACUCUUCUGCUAACUGUCCUUCUGGAUGAGAAGUCCCUGAGAAAGAACCUCAGGCUGCUGGAUGUUGAGGAGAAAGUGCGGGAUUUUCUCUGGGCCAAAUUCACCAAUUCAGACACUCCCAGCUCCUAUAAUCACAUGGACACAGAUAAGCUGAGUGGACUGUGGAGCCGCAUAUCUCACCUGGUCCUGCCUGUUUGGCCUGAAAAUGCUCUUCCUAAGGAGGGCUGCUUACAGAUGGAUUAAAUAUAAGACAUGGGAGGAUAGGAAAACAGUGUUGUGGUAUCUGGGCAGUGCAGAACUUAACUGCUGAGCUGAGGCAGCACACAAUAUUCUCUAUGCAGAGCAAGGACUGGUAGGGUUGUUCCAUUUAAAAGAACUGGAGUUCUCUCUAGACAAUUGGAGAGUGUAAGUAUGGAGCACAGCUGUUAGGUUGGUCCCUCCUCAGUAACUCAUUGGGCCUAGUGAUCUGUAG